AUGGGCACGAAAAAUAACAUAAAUAAACCACCUCCACGUAAUUUACAAAAAGAAGGAAGAAUUAAAAAACGAAAUGUAUCUUCGGUCUUACGCAAAAAUGGGAUUGUAAAACCUAAUCAAUUAGUAAUACAUGGUAAAGGAAAUAUGUAG